CGCAGGAAUAAUAAUGAAAGGAUGCUUGAAAAUUCCUCCUAGACUGCAGCGUGUGUGGUGACCAGCCGAGCCGCACACUUCACACAUCCUAACAAGAGUAAUUACACAGGCAAGCGGAGAGACCCAAAGAAGACUCCAAACAGGGGAAGAGAGAGGGGCUUUGGAGAGACUUCCAGGAGAGACACACACGACAUAACUCACUUAUAAACAGAAAGAGUGGGAUUUUGCCAUACAAAGUUCAAUUAAGGAUAAGUCUUAAUUUAUAUAGCAGUCUACUUGGGAGGAAAAAAAAACUUUAAAAAGCUUUGGUUCUUUGCAAAAAAAAAAAAAAAGAAAAAAGAAAAAAGUAACUUCGUUCAUUGGUGUCAAAGAUGUCAUGUUUCAUGUCACUAUGUCUGUCCAUUUGGGUAGUACUCAUGAUGCCUGGCAGGACAAGUGCACUGAAUGACAACAUCAAUGUGAUGGUCAUGUUGCCUUUCAACAACACAUACUUGUUCUCCUACCCGAGAGUUUCUCCGGCUAUCGAGUACGCGAGAAAAACCCUCGAGAGAGCAGAACUCUUUGCAGGUUUGAAAUUCAAUGUGCGCUAUGAGAACUCCGCGUGCGGGGUGGACGCUCUCUACGCGCUCGUGGACACGCAGGGAGACGAGCGUCCCAACCUGGUCCUCGGUCCUGUGUGCGAGUACGCGGCCGCGCAGGUGACGAGAGUGGCAUCCCACUGGAACAUCCCGGUGAUCUCAGCAGGUGCUCUGGCCACCGGCUUCAGAUUGAAAAACAGCGAGACGAGCGAGUACUCUCAUCUCACACGAAUCGCACCAACUUACCUGAAAAUGGCUGAGACUUUUCAGGCGAUAUUCGAACAUUUCGCCUGGAGAACGGCAUAUUUGAUUUACGACGAUGAUAAAGACGAGAGAAACUGUUACUUUACGAUGGAGGGGGUUUAUAUGGUUCUCUCAGACUACCACGUCGUCACAGAUUUCGCUGUGUUGAACUCGCAAGAGGAGAGAGUAGACGCCGACGGGAUCAUCACCUCCGUCUACGGGAGCGAAGUGGUGAUUAUGUGUGCCAGGGCAGACACAGUACGAGAGCUCAUGCUGGCAUCUCAUCGACGCAAAUUAACCAGCGACAGCCACAUCUUUUUCAACAUCGAGCUCUUCAACUCCUCUUCCUAUGGGGAUGGAUCCUGGAGGAGAGGAGACAAAUAUGACAAUGAGGCCAAGGCUGCCUACAGUUUUCUCAACACUGUGACAUUACUUAGGUCCACCAAACCAGAGUUUGAAGACUUCUCCAUGGAAAUGAAAAAGUCACUACAGGAAUCGGGCAUCCCUGUUUGUGAAGACUGCAGUGCUGUCAAUAUGUUUAUGGAGGGGUUCCAUGAUGCUUUGCUUCUGUAUGCAAUUGCCUUGCGUGAGGUGAUGAGUACCGGUCUGACGAAAAAGAAUGGACUGGAAAUCACACACAGCAUGUGGAACAGAACAUUUGAAGGCAUUGCUGGCCAGGUGUCUCUAGAUGCCAGUGGUGACCGAAAUGGGGAUUUCUCUGUCAUUAGGAUGACAGAUCCAGAGGCAGGAACGCACGAGACUAUUAUGAACUACUUCGGCACCAAUGGAACUUUUGUUACAAUGCCGGGCUUUAAGAGGGAAUGGUUCUCCUUGCGAUCAGAACCACCACCCCCAAAACACAUUGAACCAUCAUCAGGUGGACUAGGUGUAUCGGCAGUGACUGGGCUAAUAGUAGGGGGAAUUCUGGGAAUGGCUCUCCUCAUGGCAUUCUACUUCUUCAGGAAGAAUUACAGGAUAACCAUUGAACGGAGAACACCCCGAGAAGAGUGUGACAUCGGAAAACACCGUCAGUUGCGGGAAGACUCCAUCAGAUCCAACUUCUCAGCAGCGUAGUCUGUAGUCGUAAGUCGACUGCUGGGGAGUUCGAAUUCGGGGAAGGUGCAUCUCAAAUGGGUCUGUGGGCUCUUCAACCACCAUCCCGGGAACCCACAAAUAUUUAUAGACAUGCUGUAGUGUUUUUCUUUGUAAAUGUUUCUUACUCUUCAAUUCGUAAACUCAGGAAAGUUGAAUUAUUGGAGGAGAAGUGCUCGCAAGGCUUCUUGACUCUCUGUAAAGAAAAAUGGUCUCUUUUAUUUAGCUACAGACCUUUUUUUUCCCUGCCAAACUCAUCUUGAGGAAGAUUCUGUAGAAGCCUGUCAAUUUCGUAGAAAAGAGUGGGCUGACUUGAGCCCGGUCAGCUGCUGGGUCGGUGGGGAGAAACAGUGACGAGAUAUUGAGGACUGUAAGAGUGAUACUCAGAACUUAAGCUUAUUUUAAAGGUAACACUCUCCCCAGUGGUCUCGGCAUCACGUUACCUUCCUCUUCUUCGUUUAGAGAAUGUCCAGUAGAACACACUGAUAAACAUCCAUUCUUUCUUCUUUCUAGACUUGGGUCAGGAGGCACUGAUGAAAAAACUGAUGUGAACUUUAAAAUGAUGUUCCUCUCUGUCAAACACGUAUCUCAGCAAGCCUUGAUAUAUCAAAUUUGGCUGCAUGCUGAAACACUGAACUGUUUUUAUUUAUGAUUAUAAAUUCUGAUUUUCUAAAAUAGGUUUUAGUCCCACUAAUUAUAAUAAUCGAAUAUAAUUUCAGCUCUCUGUCAUAUCUUGAUUUACACUGCCAUGUACAGUAUCAUACACGCUGCUGGGUGCCUCAUAACCAAAUGUUGUCUGACUGGUGUUCACAGUUUUGGCUUCAAGAUUCAAUUGAUAAAAGCGACUGUUGUAAAACUAAACCAAUCUAAACUGUCCAUUCAUGUCAAGAUGUUUAAAAUAGGAAGAAUUUGUGCUUUUUAAACUUGUCAUGCUUUAAUAGCAACAUAAAAUGUCUGCCAUAGACCUCCUUCACCAUUACAUUUUUGUGUCAGUCGUUUUGUACAGCCCACUCUUGAUUGGUAAACAUCACACUUUUUGAAUGCGAGAAAGAGUUUCAAAAAAGAGAUGAUUCUGCUCAAAUCAUGCCUGAUUCUUCAUCGUCCUGCACUUUGUUGCAUCUGUGAAGGUGAACUGCAGAGGUUUAAAAAGAUAAAAAGGAGGCUGUGAGGAAGUUAUGUAAAAGAUAUCUAGAUAUGUCACAAUAUGAUUUUAUACGCAACAGAAGCCGGUCUACCUAUCAUCGAAAGAUUUAAAAAAAAGCUAUGUUCAGUUUAUAUUGCACAUGUACAUUUUUGAACUAUGUCUUUAGAUUGUCUUUGUCAGGAGGUGGUUAUCAAUAAUCUAUCAGUUUAAAAGCAUAUCAUUAAGUAUAUUUUUAACAUUUGUGAUGAUUCGGUAAUGAUUAUGAGAUGUAAAUGUGAACUGUCACAUUUAAAACCAUCUCUAUGGUUUUGUGCAUCAAAAAAAUAGGGUUUUAUUCAGGCUUGGUAUGAUGGCAAUUGUAUACUGAUGUAAGUAAAUGUAUCAACAUAAGAUGUGAUGUUAUUUAUUGAUAUUUUUGUAGAGGUUUCAUUUUUCUUAGUGUUGAUUUUAACAUUGUUUCUUGUGUGAAAUAUACAGAAUCCUUUUUUGUAAACAGUAUAUCUGCCUUGUCAGAGCAAAUUUUAUCUGAUAAGUAUAUUUACAAGGCUUUGUAAACACUUGGAAGAAUUGUAACUUAUUUAGAUUGAUACAUAUUGACCAAUUAAAAAGACAAUUUAUGGAAUUAAA